GUGACGAGGAGGGAGCAGGGAGAACAAGGCUUCGUGUCUUUUACCAGUUUUGCCGCCUUGCGUGCAGUGCUAAAAAAAAUUUGUCUUUUGUCAGACGCGUGACGCUUGAGUUUCCAACACUAAACAAACAGAUUAUCAUUACAAGUAAUUCUUAGAAUUUUCUGCAGAAAUGCCUAAGUCAAAGGAAACUAUCUCUGAUAGUGAAAGCGUCAGCGACAGCGGCAGUGAGGAAGAAGUGAAGUCAAAGCCGAAGGGUAAGCCACAGAAGGUCGAGAAAAAAAAGAAACAGAGCAGCUCUGAAGCUUCAAGUGACUCCGAGGAAGAUUCAAAGUCCAAAAAGAGGCAAAAGAAAAGUGCUGACAAGGGAAAUGCCAAGAAAAAGCCGAAAAAGAGCGAUGACGAGGAAGAAGAUGUGUGGGAAUUAGGGGGCAAUAAACGAGUCGCAGUUCGAGCCUUCAAAGGAAAGUGGUUUGUUGAUAUCAGAGAGAUGUAUGAAAAAGAUGGAAAAACGUUACCUGGCAAAAAAGGAAUCGCUCUAAACUUUGAAAAUUGGAGAGAACUCUUUAAAGUUGCGGAUGAGAUAAAUAACUGCGUGAAAUCUAAGUAGGAUUUAAAUAAUGUGAUCAUUAAUAUAUGUUAAAAUGGACCAUAAUUUUUAAGGAUGUUCUUUGUAUAUCUUUUUGUAAAUGAACAAUUUUAAAUGAAUAAACACAUUUUCUAAUA